GCAAAAGGUCAUCUUCAGUUCGCACAGUUGUCACUGCUUAGCAUCAAUCCAGAGUGAGGGCCAGCAAUGUCGUCCAUCUUAGUUCUUCCCUCUACCUCCACCCUCUCCCCCCAGGCUGCACCACCGUUCGUUAGGCUCCUCAACAGUGGCCGCUUAUGGAGGAUCCGUUUCAAACCGAAUACACCCCUCAGACGUAUCACACAAACGCGUAUUUACGGGUAGCUUCCAUCGCGAUCGCAGCCUAUAGCUUUAUCGAAACGGGGCCUGCAGUAUGGAAGUUUUACAGGGAUCAGUUACGUUCGGGCCGUUAUACGAUAUCUUUCAUUAUGUUGAUCCUCAUACAGGUUUCAAGCAUCGCCGCCCUUUGCAUAUCGAAUUUCGGGUUCUUCUACUCUCAUUUCACGGAUGCCUCCUGCAAGCGCUAUUAUCUUUUACCGUCAAUUUUCAAAAUUCUACAAGCUAUGGUCUCUCAAUUGAUUCUGGGACUGAGAGCGUUCAAUCUCUCCACACGAUCAAGGGCUGUUGGUCUAGUUUUGAUCAUUCUAUACGUGGCUGCAUGUUCAGUAGAAUGGACGACCACCCUUUACAGGAGACAUAUGACCGUGGCUCAAAUACAUGUUUGCCGGGGAACUUUUCAUCCCAAUUCGAUGAGCGCUUGGGUAUACUACGUGACUGCAAUCAUCUAUGAUGUCGGUGUGACCUCGAUAUCGGUGGUAUAUCUGGUGAAGCACCAGCAGACUUCGACUGCGAGUAACAUGAUGGCAAAGAUCACAAAGAUGAUGCUAUAUGACGGGAUCGGCUACUUCGUGUUUCUUACAGCUGUUAACGUUGCCAACCUCAUGAUAUACCGCGAAGGCACUGACAUUCAGACAUUCAGAGCAUCGUUCGGAUAUACCGCAACUUGGAUCUUAUCACAACGGCUUCUCAUACACCUGCAUGAGAUGUCCUUGGAGAGGCGAAAUGAGAGCAUGUACGAAGCGUACACCAUAUCACAAACCAUCAGUUCUGCUCAGGCAGUGAACCGAGCUGUUCGUUCCCAAUUCGAGACCAAAGGUAGUUUGGCUGACGGUCUUGAGCUGACGAACCCGAACUUCGAUCUGGACAUACUCGAAUCCGGGACGAACUAUGCUGAUGAUGUUAGUCAUGUGCAAGUGCAUGUUGAAAAGACUGUGACAGUCCAACGGCGAGGAUCGCAAAAGUAUACGCUGGAAAACUAUUCAAGGCAUGCUGGGUCUGUCGUGACAAACCCUACCAUCAGCACUCGGACAAUAUCAGUCGUCUCCACUGGGAGAAAACAAUCAUAA